GAACAGGGAGCGUAAAGGAGCGUGCACAGAGAAAGGAGUAAAGAGAGGCAGGCCCCAGGUCAUAAUACUCUCAUCCAAAUCAAGGACCAGCGCAAGCACGAGAGCAAGCCUGCAAUGGCCAUGGUUUCGCCCCUGCUUCCCUGUGCCAUCAUGGCACUCCUGCUCUCUGUUCUCCCCUUCCCCUCCAUCGCCGGCGACCCUGAUUUGCUCCAGGACAUCUGCGUUGCCGAUCUCACUUCAGGCGUGAAAGUGAAUGGGUUCGCCUGCAAGGCGACGGUAACCGAGGACGACUUCUACUUCAAAGGUCUAGGCACGGCAGGCAACACCAACAACACCUAUGGCUCCGUGGUGACCGGAGCCAACGUGGAGAAGGUGCCUGGCCUCAACACCCUCGGCGUCUCCAUGUCGCGCAUCGACUACGCGCCGGGUGGGCUCAACGCGCCGCACACCCACCCGCGCGCCACUGAGAUGGUCUUCGUCCUCCAGGGCGCCCUCGACGUCGGCUUCAUAACCACCGGGAACAAGCUCAUCGCCAAGACCAUCGCCGCCGGCGACGUCUUCGUCUUCCCCCGCGGCCUCGUCCACUUCCAGAAGAACAACGGCGACGGCCCCGCCUCCGUCAUCUCGGCAUUCAACAGCCAGUUCCCGGGCACCCAGUCCCUCGCCAUGACGCUCUUCGGUGCCACGCCGCCCGUGCCCAACAAUGUGCUCACCAAGGCCUUCCAGGUCGGCACCAAGGAAGUGGAGAAGAUCAAAUCCAGGCUUGCCCCAAAAAAGACCUGACCAAACAAUGCUCUAAGUACUCAUAUGUGGUGUUUCUUUCGACUGACAUGCAUGAAUCCCGAGUUGUGUCUGUGCUCCACUUUAAUUUUACCACUGCACCUCUGUUCUUCUUUCUGUCUUGAUAAUUUGAUCAAUCCUCAUUGUGUAAUGCUGCCCGACCCGCAGCAAGUACAAAAGCUACUAGGGGUUUCUUGUAAUAAGACCAUGGAAAAAAAUAGCGCGCUAUUCCAACGCUAA